AUGGCCAGACAAUCCCUCUACCCUCUUCCUGUAGGCAACCAGUCGGACUCGUUUCACAACCCUCGGGAUACCGACUCGGGUGGCUAUUCCUAUCAUACGUCUUAUUCUCCCCAUCACGGUUCCUUUCCCGAUCGCCGCGUUUCGUCUUCGCCCAGUAUUCUGACCCCUUCGCCAGGAGCCAGUGAAGAUCUGAGCCCUAGUAUUUCUAGUGUCAACACAGGCAGUUCCCAGGGUUCCCAAGCAACAAGUGGGAUGUAUUCGUAUAGUGGCCUCCAAGGUAACUGGUCCGCGCAAAACAACUCCGCCUACACCGUCAGUUCUGCAACUCAGGCCCCGCCGGCUCUCGGCCAGCAGCAUUUCAGUAUUCGAAGCCAGCCCAUGUACAGCCAAGGCCCCGGAAUACAUCAGUACAACCACCCGCGAAGCUCCCAAUCACCAGCUACUGGAGGUGAAGGCCUUCCAGCACCCCCUUACGAUCAGGUACACCAUCCUUUCCAAACUCCCAUCUCAGGGGGAGGUGGCCAGACCACUUCACCAGGAUUGUCGACAUCCCAUCAUGCUCAGAAUACAAUUCUUGCUUCGCAAAACUCGGUUUCUACACAACCCCCCGCCCCUUCGAACGUAUCAGCACAUGCGGAUUCCUAUACGCAUUCGAGACCCCCGAGCACACCGAGCUAUUAUACAGCUUCCUCUACACCCCAACAGCCAGGCUUCUCAUCCUACCAUGCUCAGCCUUCGCCGACCCAGCACUCACCACCGGGUCAUGGCCCUGUUCCCCGAGGUAUGGGAUCAGCUGGCAUGGCGCCCCCUAAUGCAUUUCGACACUAUCCUCCCUAUCAGCCACUUCCUAACAUGGGCGGGUCAGCUAUCAUGUCAAACAUCCACCAGCCAGGUAGUCAAAUGUCGAUGAUUCCAGGCAUGGGCGUGCCUCCGUAUGGACCUAUGCUUUACGGCGGACACGGCCCGGCUACUCCGCAAUCAGAGCGACCUUUCAAGUGUGAUCAGUGCACUCAAUCGUUCAGUCGUAACCAUGAUCUGAAGCGCCACAAGCGAAUCCAUCUGGCUGUUAAGCCUUUCCCCUGUACGUUUUGCAGCAAGAGCUUUUCUCGAAAGGAUGCCCUCAAGAGACACCGACUUGUCAAGGGUUGCGAGAACAAAGCCAACGAGGCUAUUAACGCAGACAGCAAUGGGACAGAUCGAAGCGGAGAGGAAAACGACAGUCCUGUGAAGCGCGAACAGUAAAGAAAGAGCUGUUGGUUUUACGGACUGAUACCUAUAUCGCGAGAUGGCAACUACGACAAGUUCUAUGGUUCACAAAGGGCCUUGGUCUACUUUGGCCAUAAAGCAUGUACCACGGCGCCUGAUCGAGGCAGCAACCGAUACCACUGGUCAAGGCCAGAUCGUUAGACAUCUACUGGGAUUUUUUGUCUUCAAUUCUUUUUUGCAUGUGCUUCGGAGGGAGGGAAUGUUUUGGAAACGGCGUCAAGGAAUUGAGCAACCAACGUGGGCUGGCGCUGUGGCCUCACGAGGGGUUUGCGAAUGGGAAAGCUUUAGAAAUUCAGGGACCAGGCCAAAACUAGGACGGUAUUACGUCUCGUCAUCGUUUUUAAGCAAUGGGUGUUUAAGGAACAGGAUGGGAAUGGUUGGGUACAACGGAACGGGUAACGGUUAU